AUGUCUGACGGAUGCUCUCGCACGUUGCGAGCAAAACUUCAGGAGCAUGACGCUACACUCACACUAGCGAAUGAUAUGCUGGAGAUUGAGUGCCGUGGUCAUGUAUGGAUCCGUUUGCCGACGGACCUUGUACUGAAUGCGGCCUGGGAAGCGCCUCACUUGACCCUCUCUGUGUUAGCGCCGUCGCAACUUCAAAAAGGUCGUACCUUGCAAGAAUUCAGUCGCGAGCAAUGGAAAAAUCGACGUCGUGAUAAAUUUGUUGCUACUAUUACUGCACAUACUUUCACCUUUCAAGCCAGCGAAAAUGCAAGCGUUUGGGCAGACGAGGUCAUGCACGCUGCCUAUCCACGCAUGCAGCCCUAUCGUCGUAUUCUUGUGCUAUGCAACCCAUCCAGUGGGAGGGGACAUGCUAGAAAGGUGCUUAACUCGGUCGUGGUGCCGACGUUGAAGGCUGCAGGAUGCCAUGUCACGGUCCUACAAACAACCGCUCGCGCGCAUGCGUACAAAGAGAGCCUAUCGAUGGAUGUAUCGCAGUACGAUGUGCUAGCGUGCGUGGGAGGCGAUGGAACUAUCCAUGAAGUUGUUAAUGGCUUAGCGGCUCGCAGUGACGCUGGCGAUGUAAUGCAGAAACUGCCCAUCGUGCCUGUGCCUGCUGGCAGCGGAAACGGUCUUUUCUUGAGUUUGCAUGGUGUAGAGCAUGGCUUUGCCUCGGCGAUCGCGUGCCUAACUGCCAUCAAAGGAUCGCCUCAUGCACAUGAACUGAUGACUAUUACGCAGGCUGCCUCAGCGUUCGGCACAGACUCACGUUGGCCCUAUACAAUCCGACAUCGCUCCGCCGACGGAACAGAGUAUGUGCAGUACUAUUCCUUCAUGUCGCAAGCCAUUGGCAUCAUGGCCGAUAUUGAUAUCGGGACAGAGAAAUGGCGGUUCAUUGGCGAUGCACGAUUCACGAUUGGGUACCUACUUGGUGUGCUCAUUAACAAGCCUUGUGCUGUGCAUAUGGAUGUAGUGCUGGGCCCGCAUGGAACCACGAGCUGUGCGGAAAUGCACGAGCGUAGCGUGCACGCAAGUACGAAUCCCUCGCAGGGUUACCCUGUGUUGGAUCCUCAUACCGAUGUCCAUGCACUUCAAUACGGCUCUGUGGUCGAUGCAUUGCCGCUGGAUGAUACCCCGUUGGACCCCAGCCAGCCAGCCACGCCUUCCUCCACGUGGCGCCGCGUACAAGCCGUGCAUUCUUCCAUUUACGCCGGCAAGGUGCCGUACGUCGCACGCACUCUUAUGGCCUUUCCCUACGCACGCCCUGACGACCAUCUGCUGGAUGUCUUGAUCCAGGACCAGCGCAUGCCAGCCUGGCGCAAAAUUCUUGCGACGACGCAUGGCGAAUCAGGUGAUCACAUUUUCGAUCAAGGUAUGCACUAUUUCAAAGUGGCUGCGCUUCGUAUUACGCCUCAACAGCCUGAGAAGGACAGAGGUCGUCGCUACAUUAGUGUGGAUGGCGAACAAGUACCGUACACGGCGUUCCAAGCUGAAGUGUCUCCUCUGCAUGUCCUGCUUCUUAGCCUGGAGGACGAGGAUUGGCAGCCACCCAACUUGAAAUCGCCUACGGUGCACACACACAAGGACAGGUACAUGACACUCAGCGAAGCCACUCUUUAG